AUGGACCCAAGGGCUCCAACAGGAUUCUCCCCAUCCCCUUCCCCUUUCCCUCCCCAAUCCCCUCUCCUCACCUCCGUUUUUGACCUGGACUUUAUCGCUAACAUGUUGUCGGAGCAGGUCGACAAAACCAACACAGCCGCGACUGCCCCUGCCCACCCUGCCCCACUGGCGGGUACCAGGCGCCCCCGCGCCCACGACAACGACAAAGAUGAGGUCCCGAGACCUACCAAGCGCCGCCUUCUCAACAACGGCCAGUACGCACCCCUCUACCAAGAGGACUAUAUCACCCACCAGCCUUCGAGGGACCUGACGUGCGGCAACCAGGACCUCGCAGGUUGUAUCUUGUGGGCUGGCAACGCGGCCUUGAAGGCGAUGACACCUCAGGACGGCCUGACGGUCCCUCAUCCCGUUCUCAUCAUGUCACCGCAGGUGAAAGACGACGGCACGGUUAACUUCCUGGUCUGCACCUCGUUCAGCGGGCUGAAUCUCUCGGAGAGAAUCCCGGAGAAUGGCUCUGAUCGUGGACCUGAGCUUGCCAAGCAGGCCAGGUCCUACUUCCUUCCCAUCGAAGGAACUGAGCCGCACCCCGACGACCCGAUCAGGAACUUCUUGGUCAAGACCACCAAGAUGCCGCACAGCAAGAAAAGAUCGUCGUACGUCAACACGAUGGUCCUGCGCACAACUCGGUUCGACUGCCUUGAGCCCUACAGGGAUGGAGGACGUCCCUCGCAGGACUACUCCAUCGACGAGCUUUCGUACCGGACGCUUGUCCUCUUCAUGAAGAACCGACCUCCUCCUUCGGAUGUCGUCCUCAAGUGGGGGACGAUUUUCAAGGGGAUAUGGAAGGAGAGAAAGACGAAGAAGCCCAAGGGCCAGGCAAAGAUGAAGACAUCAUGA